AUGGGGGAAAGAGCAAAAAGUCCAGAUAAUAAUCAAGAAAGAAAGUCAGGAAAACACCGUUACUCUUCCUGUUCAUCUGAUUUUGAAACUACACCGCAAUCUUCUGCCCAGUCUUCAGGGGUCAGCCCCACUUCACCUACAAGUGUUAAGGAAAAAAAUCCUAAAAGACACAUUUCAGAUAGCCAAGUGCAUCACCAAGCUCCUGGGAAAUCAAGCCCUAAGGGUCUACCAAACAGAAAGGGUGUCCGAAUAGGAUAUCGCUCUCAGAGCCUCAAUAGGGAACCACUUCGGAAAGAUCCUGAUCUUGUUACAAAACGAGUUCUUUCUGCAAGACUACAAAAAAUCAGUGAAUUGCAGAAUGAAGUGACUGAACUCCAGGUCAAGUUAGCUGAGCUGCUAAAAGAAAACAAGGCUUUGAAAAGGCUUCAGUAUAGACAGGAGAAAGCCUUGAAUAAAUUUGAAGAUACAGAAAAUGAAAUCUCACAACUUAUACUUCGACAUAAUAAUGAGAUUAUAGCACUCAAGGAACGCCUAAGAAAAUCUCAAGAGAAAGAACGGGCAACUGAGAAAAGAGUUAAAGAUACAGAAGGUGAACUCUUUAGGACAAAAUUUACCUUAAAUAAACUGAAAAAGAUCUCUGAAGCUAGACACCUACCUGAACGGGAUGAUUUGGCAAAGAAACUAGUCUCAGCAGAAUUAAAAUUAGAUGACACUGAGAGAAGAAUUAAGGUAAAAUUUCUGCGGCUUCUAAUCAGUCUGCCUUGUGCUGUUUCUCCUGCAUGCCAGAGUGACUUUACAGACCAGUGUACAAAAGGAGUACAAACCAGUGAAGACUUUGAGCUGGAAGAAUUUCCUGUAACUCCAGAAACAAUUAUGUGUUAUGAAAACAAAUGUGAAGAACCUGAACAUCUUACUUUGGAUUUGGGUGAAGAAGAGAGAGGUAAGCAUGAAGAAGCAGAGAUUCUAGAUCCACUUGUGGAAGGAGAAGAAAAAUUCAUAAAAGAACUCGAUGCUAUAAAACAGGAAGUUGAGAAGCUGGAGAAUGAAUGGAAAAGAGAAGAACGUGAUAAAAAGCAAAGAGAAAAUACAUUUUUACUGAAAAGAGAAGAAAAGCCAGAGUUGGAAACCGGAAGAUACCAAGUGGAAAUGUACCAAAUUCAAGAUAUUAAUAAAUUAGAAGAAGAGAAAGAAGAGGAGAGACUGAAGAGAGAAAUGCUACUUGCUAAACUGAAUGAGAUCAGUCAAGAACUGGAAGAUUCUCGGAACCUAAAAUAUCCUCUUCUGCCAUUGCUACCUGAUUUUGAAUCAAAACUGGACUCCCGAGAGAAAAGCCACAAAACAUACAUGUUCUCUGAAUCCUCAGAGAGAUCAUUUAAUGGGCAUCAUUUGCAAGACAUCAGUUUUUUAACUACAAAAGGAGAGGACGUGAAUCCAAGAGAUCUUAGAAGCACAGCCUCUCCAAAAGAAUUUGCAUUUGGUAGCUAUGUGCCUUCAUUUGCAAAAGUAUCAGGGAAGUCAAAUUUAUUUAGUCAAAAAAGUGGCCUUUUGGAGUUUGAAAAUAACACUAUGGAAAAACUUAAUAAAGACAGUGGAGAUUUAACAAGAAAAGAAAAAAAAGCUAAUCUAAUGGAACAGCUAUUUGGUGCCAGUGGCAGCAGCACCAUUUCCUCUAAAAGCAGUGGUACAGAUUCUCUGGCUGUCAGCAGAGGAGACUUUGACCCUCUACAUUUUGUCCCUGGGGAUAAAAGCAGCAGAGGCCGAGAAAAAGAUGAAGAUGAUGACUUUUUCCUCAGUGAAGGAAGAAGUUUUAAUCCGAAUAGAAGCAGAUUAAAACAUGCAAAUAAUAAAGCAACAGUAAAAGCAGUUGAUUCUGUAGAAGAUGAAAUUGAAGAAGUAACAAUGAGAUGA